GAACGCAAGGGCAUAUACCGUCAUCCGAUCAUCCAGAAGGCGAUCAAUGCAACCUGGUUUGUGAACAGAAGCGACGAAGGCGUCAUUUUUAAGGAAUUCUUCAGUCCGGCAAUUUCCAUUGGGACAAUCGCUCUCGUUCUCACAGCGGUUCAGUGUUGCAUCGACGAAUGGGGAACAGGGAAGCACGCUGGCGUGAGCUUCUACGAGAACGAAUACAAGCCAAUCUACCUCUCCCACAAGGAGAAUCUUCUAGCUUUUGACGACUUGUCCGACGCCGCGCACCGUUUAUUGCUCAAGCUUCGCAAGAAGCUCUACAAAGAAGCGCGG